CUCCCCAUCGCUGUCCCCAUCCCUGUCCCCCUCGCUGUCCCUCUCUCCCACAGGACGCUGCUGGUGAACGCCGGUGCUGUGCUCAACUUCAGGCUGAGGAGGAAGGACACGGAGGGAUUCGGGGAGGAGCCGAGGGAACCCACGACCGGUGACAAUAUCAGAGAGUUCUUGCUGAGUCUCAGGUAUUUUCGAAUCUUCAUUGCCUUGUGGAAUAUCUUCAUGAUGUUCUGCAUGGUUGUGUUAUUUGGAUCUUGAAAGUCACACACAAACACGUCUGUUACCUUGGAAGAGACUUUUGGCUGGGAACAAACUUUUCUUAAAGAUUCCAAUGCUUUCAAACUGCAGCCCUGGGCUCAUGGCUUGUCCCCUCCAGCCCAUCUGGUCACUCACUGCCGGGGCUUUGAGCCACAACAUUCACAGUCAAAUUAUCUCAGACUUCACUGAAAUAGAGAGAACUUCUGUUUUUCUAAGCUCAGAGUGAGGUGCAGGGGAGAACUGGAGUGUGACUGCAGUUCCCAGUGUUAAACCUCAGCGUUACCAGACCCAUCCUGGGCUGUGGCAGCUCCUGUCACCCCUGUCCAGGUUAUGUGCAAGUCACACUCCUUGGAUCUCAGUUUUAUAUAAAGCUGAGCAAAGUGUUCCUGUAACCUCUCACUAUUCCAUUAGUUUUGUUGGAGAAAAGGAAUAUUAAAAUAUAAAAAAAAGAGAGAUUCACACCUUCCUGCUGUUUUUCCAAAAAAAAACCCCAAAACUUUUAAAAAUAAUAUAAUUUUGUUUUCUAAGCAAUACAUAAGGGAUUUUGAAGGGGAAGAAUGGCAAAAAUAAUUCUCUAAGCCAAGUUUAAGGGAUAGUUUUGAAAUAAUCUUGGAUUUGGUUGAAUAAAGCUGUUCUAUUUAAGAGUAAAAUAUA